AUGCCCCUGAUUAGGAAGCACACUCGGGGGACCCUGCUUUGGCAUGGGUCUGAGCUGGCAGAGCUGCUGGACCAGGGGGAGGGUGCCAUCCGUGACUUCUCAGAAGAGCUGGUCCACCAGCUGGCCCGCAGAGACGAGCUGGAGUUUGAGAAGGAAGUGAAGAACUCCUUCAUCACGGUGAUCACUGAAGUUCAGAACAAGCAGAAGGAGCAGCGGGAACUAGCGAAAAAGAGGCGGAAAGAGAAGGGGCUGAGCCUGCAGAGCAGCGGGAUAGAGAAGGGAAACCAGAUGCCUCUCAAGCGCUUCAGCAUGCAAGGCAUCUCCAACAUCCUGCAGAGUGGCAUCCGCCAGACUUUUGGCUCCUCAGGAGCUGACAGACAGUAUCUGAACACAGCCAUCCCUUACGAGAAGAAGUCCUCUCCUCCCUCCGUGGAAGACCUGCAGAUGUUGACAAACAUUCUCUUCGCCAUGAAGGAGGACAAUGAGAAGGUGCCUGCUUUGCUAACGGACUACAUUUUAAAAGUGCUCCGUCCAACCUAA